AUGGAGGCUCGCCAGUCCCUCGCUCGUCUCCGCGGCCUGUCUUCUGAUCAUCCAGAACUAAUCCACGCGGUCGCAUCCUUACCACCGACUGAACAAGUACGGACUCCGCUUACACUCGCCCGACAUAUGUGUGGAGGUAUAUCUUUCCGUGCGUGGGACGUGUCGGGCGCGGCUCGUCUCCGUUCCCUCUGGGAGCGUCACUACCGACACUGUGACGCGGUCAUCUUCGUGGUGGACUCUGCGGAUCAUCUGCGACUCGUGGUGGCGCGGUCAGAGCUGGAGCUCAUGCUGUCUCACCCGGACAUGUCUGGUCGUCGUCUGCCGCUGCUCGUGCUCGCCAACAAGAGUGACGCUCCUCACGCGCUCUCCGCACCACACGUCGCCUCAGGUACAUAA